GGAUUCCAUUCGGAAGACGCAGUCGAUGCCAGCGGUCGCCACGAUCGCGAUCAUCUGAUCGGCUGUCAAAUUCGUUCGUUACAUCGGGAAGCAACUCAAGCAGGAUCAACAGGAGCGGGAAUGAUCGGGAGAGACGAGCAUUCCUAAGAGUCAGAAUUUCAUUCGGCUUUAAAAUGUACGCGAGAAGAUAGUAUUGGCGAGAAUGAAUAAGAACAUGAAUUCACCGUCGAAACUCACGGAGUUCGCUCCGUUGAGUCCCGAGGAGAGCCAACCUGUCGUAGCCUCGCUCUUCUCCAAGUUCUUCAACUUCACCAGGAAUUCGCCCAGCGCUAAUGAUUCCACAGUGUCCUCCAACAACGACGAACGUAGCUCAUCCGAUUCAGAAUCCUGGAAGCAGUCGGAGAGCACAGAACAAACCCCAGAUGACGACAGCGCUAGUAUAAUGAAUUUCCCAUUAGAUACCAGCGAAGGCCGCAGUUUACCAAAUGUCCUGAAACGAAUCAGUAACAUUGUAGCGUUAAAAAGUAAUAAUCUACGUUCAUACAAGGAUUCUCAGUUGAGGAGUUAUUGGAUGCCAGAUAGCGUGAGCAAACAGUGUUACGACUGCGGCGAAAGAUUUACAACAUUUCGACGAAGGCACCACUGUCGCGUAUGCGGCCAAAUUUUUUGCUCCAAGUGCUGCUCUGAUCAGAUACCGGGAAAAAUCAUGGGAUGCACCGGAGAUCUUAGAGUUUGUACAUAUUGCUGUAAAGUAGUUCUUUCCUACCUACAAUCAUCAGACAUGAGGAGCGAUUUAUCAGCGGACUUGAAAGCUGUGCAAGAGGAUCUUCAGGUAAAAUAUGGAAAUGAUUCGCCGUUAUUGGCUCGCAAACAUGCUGACGAAACCAUGGGCGACGAAAUAUCGAUAUGUCGAAAGCCAAGCGUGGGAUACAUGGAGGAGAAUUAUGCGACUGGGCGAUCGAGCAGUAGCUACUUAACAUCACAAGAACGUUCACUUGUGUUACAAAAUUCGGCUUCUUUAAGAAUGAUCUGGGAAGAAUUGUUUCGUUCUAGUCAAGCCAUUCAACUGCAAACGCAUAGAAUUCGAUUGAAAAGUUAUCACAAUUGUUUUCUAGCGAACGAAUUGGUGAAUUGGAUGAUAGUACAGAAUAAAGCGGCCACUCGUGUGCAAGCGACUGCGAUAGGCCAAGCAUUGUUAGAAGCGGGUUUCAUUGAGUCAGUUAUCGCUGAUUACGUAUUCAGUGAUUCGGCGACUGUAUUCAGACCGGUACAGUUAUCCUCCUUGCAAAAUAUAGGCUUGUUAACGGAAAAGCAUACGACGUGCGACGCACAAGAGCCAGCCUGGGUAAAAACUAUUCCUCAACAUGAUUCAACUACGGAUUCCGAGAGCGAAAUUAGACCAAUGAGUUCGCAUUCACAAACUUUUGGUCGUUUACCAUCGUCCAGUUCGAGUUUCUAUUUGGAUUUAAAUCUAGAAGCAUCCACCGUCACAUUAAAGAGACCGACUUCGGAAGAUUUAACUGCGAUUUCCGUGGACAGUAGCGAUGGAAUAAUCGAACAGAAAGAAAUUAAUCUGAAAUCGCACGAUUGUAAUCUAAAAAUAUGUGACGAUCUCUUAAGUGAUACGCUUCAAGUACAUGAAUUCAAGGAGAAAAACGGUUGGCACAGAGCAACUAAUCUGAGAACGGCUUUUGGUGAAUUAAGCGCGUAUGAAUGUUUAACAUCCGCGUAUAAAGCACAUGAAGAUUCUCUUAUUAAACAACUCCUUAGCAAGGAAGGCUUGUCGCAAACAUGGUCGAAUAUAAUUUUAUCUAUCGCGCAUCAAAUAGUCGAUCAUGUUAGACCGGAUUUAAAUCAUGAUGCUGACAAUUUGGAUAUUCGACAAUACGUACAAUUCAAGAAGUGUCCCGGUGGUAGCCGAGACGAUUGCGAAAUUGUAUCUGGCAUAAUUUGUAGUAAGAAUAUCGCUCAUCGCGGUAUGGAUGCCAUGAUCGCUCAUCCAAAAAUCUUAUUAUUGCAAUGCGGAUUGAUGUAUCAACGUGUAGAGGGCAAGUUGCUAAGCUUAGAGCCUGUAAUGAUGCAGGAGAGCGAAUAUUUAGGGCAUGCUGUGGCGAGGAUCACUGCUCUAGGUCCGGAUGUAGUGCUUGUACAUCGAUCUGUAGCUAGAUUAGCUCAGGAUAAACUAAGAGAGUGCGGCGUCACAUUAGUUCUAAAUGUGAAACUUAGUGUACUCAAGAGAGUAGCGCGAUGUACGAGCGCUAGUAUUGUAAAUACUAUAGAUGCCCACAUAAGCGCGAGAUAUAUGCUUGGCACGUGCAAGAAAUUCUAUUUAAGAAAUUUUCCAGAUGAACGAAAAGGCGUCAAGACAUUGAUGUAUUUUGAAGGUUGUGCAAAUCCGCAUUUGGGUGCAACGAUUGUGUUGCGAGGUGGCUCGCAAACCGAAUUAAAGAAGGUGAAAAAUGUUACUUCGAUGAUGAUUUUUGCGGCUUACUCGUGGCGCCUUGAAAAGUCAUUUCUCAUGGAUGAGUUCGCCAAACCGCCAUCACCUAAGGAUAAUUCCUUCCUAGAUGAAACAUCUCAAAAAGAUUCUUUGAAUGGCGAAGAAGAAAAGAAAUUCGAAAGUUGCAUUAUCGAUGAACAUGCAAGCGAUAUGAAGAAAGCGUCAAUGAUAAAUCAAAAUCAAGAGAAUAUUCCUAAUAAUGAGCAAAACAUACAAAAUGUUCAGACUAAUACAAAUAUAUCAACAAAAAGUGAAAAUAUCUAUGACUCUGAAAAUGUUUUAAAUACAAGUUCCCUGAAAGAAGUCUCAUCGAUGCUACCAGAAGAUCCUUACGACACCUUAAAGUUGUUUAAGGUGAAAUUAAAACCAUCCUUGCACGAUUCGAAAGAUAGCGCGCUCGUAUCUUGUGAGAACGACAUAGUUUCACAUAAUGAUGAUAAAUCUGAAAACACGAUAAUACAUACUUCGGACUUUGCUUCCGAUGUCACGGAAGAAUGUAAUAACUCCGCAGAAUUUAUUCGAAACAAAGGAAACGAGCAAAAAACUGACGAGCUCAUUGACAAAGCGAAAUUGAAAGACAGGAUAUCCUCCGAAGAAAAACGUAUUUAUGGAGAGUCUAUAAGCGAUCGGAGUGAUCCAUUGCAUCAAUAUUUAAAUGAGGAUGACGAGGAUGUAUUUAAUCGUACCAGUCCGAGUGGUCAACGUCUGAGCGUCGCCGAUUUCCCGCUAUUUAACAAGUUCAAGAAGGCGCUUGAAGACACUGUAUUGAGCAUAUCGCCGUAUUUAAAAUUUUCAAUACCUUAUUUGGAAACUGAACCCGGGAGAAAUUGCGUGCUGAGGAGCUUCUUCCCACGAGAGAUCUAUUACUCGGUGCAGUUUUUGGACAAGGUCAAAGAGGCCAGAACGAACAGCGUAACUGUAAAUGAGCAAUUCGCUUCCGAUUCGAAUCGCGAGUGGACGAACAUCAAGCUGAGACCGCAGCAUCCAUUUGUUCAAGCGCGCCUGACCACGGACAUCGACAGUCGCGAGGUGCAGAGUCUCUUAGCGAAUUUCCGAGCGUGCGGUAAUAGACUUUAUCCGACGCAUAACGUAUUGCUCGAUAAGAUGCAGCAGUCACCAGCGUCAUUCGAGAACAACGAGUCGCAGGUACCUUCUUGGCCAGAUUGUUUGGAUCCCAGUAGCCAUCAACGCCUGUCCGUUUUGUUCUGCAGCUUCUCGCACACUGGCAACGACACUCCGGCAUUCUGUGUGAAUCCCUGGGUCGUGAACAUGACCAUGUACGGCCAGAAUGAUAUCGCUCUCGGUCGCUUCCUGGAACGUUAUUGCCUGACAACGGAAUAUAAAUGUCCGGCGCAAGCUUGUCGCGCACAAAUCGCUCAACACGUUCGGCGUUUUGCGCACGAUGGCGGCUGCGUUCACAUUAGUCUUAACGAGAUGAGUUCCGAGCCAUUCGUGCAGGAGGAUGCCGAUCAGAUUCUGAUGUGGAGCAAAUGCGUCAAGUGCAAGAGCGUUUCACCGGUGGUACCGAUGUCGGGCGAUACGUGGUGUUUAUCGUUUGCUAAAUAUCUUGAGUUGCGUUUCUACGGUGGUAUCUACACGAAACGUGGCAUGGACUCGUGUCAACAUUCUCUACAUCACGAUCACUAUCAGUAUUUCACACGCAGGAACAUGUUAGCUGUGUUCAAAUUUACCAAGAUCUCACAGUGGGAGAUCUCGCUGCCGCCACCGUUGAUCAAUAUCAUUUACGAUCCGAAGCAGCACGCCAAUGUGAUCGAAGAGAUGAAAAGCGUGGCAUUGAAGGGUGACGAAGUAUUCACGGCGAUACGAGAAAAGUUGACGAGUCUGCAGACAGACUUGGAAGGCUUGAACCUCGCUAAACAGCAAUUAACUAAAGAUCAGCAGUAUUUUAAAAACAAAAUCGAAGAGAUCCAGCUCAAGCUAACGUCGCCAACGUUGGAGAAUAAGAAGCUAGAAGGCAAGACGUCCGAGAAACAGGUGCAAGGGCUGAUGUUCAGAAUAGAGGACGGUAUUGUGAUACUCAAACGACUCAUUGCGGAGGCCGUGUUCACGUGGAAUAAUAAAUUAUCGGAGAUAACAAAGAAGAAAGACGAACGGCCACGUCGAUUCACCGAACGAUCCAUGACUGUCGGCAGUAACAGCGUAGUCGACACUGACGGAUACAUAACCGAAGACACCGCAUCAGAAUCGCAGAUUGAAGACCUGAGCCCCAUGUCGGCCGAUUAUAAUGCUGUCGACGCGAUCGCAGCGGCGCAAAGUGACUUCCAAGCAUCCGAAGUGAUCGAAAAUUCUGACAACGAAAUUCUGGAAUCUACCAAUAAUCCUGACGAAGUCGUCACCGUCCAGGGCUCGCCAAAGAUGCAUCAGAGAUCGCAUUCCGAUGUUCUACCGUUGUCCUCCGACGACCACGAUAAGAAGAAAAAGAAGAAAACAAUCCUGUCGCAAUUGCUGCCGUCCAUUUCUGUGAACCAUACAAUACCGAAUCCUUUGGGCCCUUUAGAACAUUACUUGCUACCUCUUGGGUCAGUGGUGCCCAUAGUUGUGUACGAAUCCGAGCUUUCGUCCAUAAUCGCAUACGCUCUGGAUUCGCACGAUUACAAACACGCGUUGCAGGAACUAUUACGCGCAGCGAAGGGACCGGAUUUGAAUCCGAGUCCAUUGAGCAAACGUAAGUUUCCCGAAGGUAAGGAGAGUUCCCUCGAUUUGGCGCAAUCCGGCGAGUUUAAGCGGCCAUCUGUGCUGUCCUUCUUUCGAGGCAACAGUCCCAAUCCAGCCAGCAGCCCAAUCGAAUCCGACAAGAAUGUGUCGAACACGGAAACGAGCGGUAGUGGCGUCGUAGUUGGUUCCGACGUAGAUGACGAGAAGAAAGCGAUUAAGCAGCAGAACUAUAUCGAAGUCCAGUUUAACGACGCUACGACUAAUUUCUUCUGCAGGAUAUAUUUUGCCGCGCAGUUCGCCGCUCUGAGAGAAAAUGUUCUACCUUGCGGCGAGGACGGUUUCACGAGGAGUUUAAGUCGAACCGUGCAGUGGACGGCGAGAGGUGGAAAGAGCGGCAGUACCUUUUGUAAAAGCAGAGACGAUAGAUUUAUUAUAAAGGAGAUGUCUCGACUCGACAUGCAAAUCUUCCUCGACUUUGCGCCCAACUAUUUUGCAUAUAUGGAAAAGUGUCAGCAAACUAAGCAACCAACAUUGCUGGGCAAGAUAGUCGGCGUGUACAGAGUAUCGUUCAAAAAUAACACGACCAAUGCGGCGCUUCGUACCAGCGUAUUGGUAAUGGAAAAUCUCUUUUAUAAUCGAAUCAUCACUGACAAGUUUGACCUGAAGGGAUCCGUGCGGAAUCGGCUGGUGAAUCCGGACGAUACCUGCCAUGAGGGUGAACUGGUCUUACUGGACGAGAAUUUAUUGAAUAUGAGCUGUGAUUCUCCUCUAUACAUUCGAUCACAUUCCAAAGCAGUAUUGAACCGAGCCAUUGAGCAGGACACCAAAUUCUUAGCUGACAACUCCGUAAUGGAUUAUUCAUUAUUGGUAGGCUUGGAGCCGAGCUCUGACGAACUCGUGCUUGGCAUAAUAGAUUAUAUAAGAACGUUUACGUGGGACAAGAAGCUGGAGACGAUAGUAAAGAAAUCCGGUAUACUUGGAGGCCAAGGUAAAUUGCCGACCAUAAUAUCGCCAGAGGAGUACCGCGCCAGAUUUAUAGCUGCGAUGCAUCGUUAUUUCCUGCCGGUACCAGAUAGAUGGUCGGGUCUAGGUAAAAGUGUCGAGAUACCACCUCAAUAAGUGUAAUUUCCAAAAAGUUAAAAUUUUACACAUAUGCGCUAACUUUAUAAUCGAUGUACAUAUAAUUUUGUACGUACGUUGGCGAAAAUUACGAGUGCGUCGUACUUUCCUUCGUAUGUUUUAUACGGUGCUAAUAUACUCGAAAAAUGUCGAUGAAAAGUGAUACUGGUAGUUACCACUCUUAAAUAAUUUAUUAAACGUUACGUAAGUCAACAUUUUAAUUUUCCGUACGGAAAUAAUUUUCACAGCUUUUCAUAAGAUAUUACAUGUAUAUAACUUACAUCAAGAUUAAAUAAUGUAUAUAAUAAUCCUUUUAUAAUAUCCUUUAAAGGCUGCUCGUUCUCAAGCUCUGAAGUACAAAGGUACUAGUGAAACUAGACCGCUAAGAAAAAGAAAAGAAAAGCACCAUUAUCAAUAUUUUAUUUAAUUUUUCAGCAUUAUGUACAUGACCAUUAUCUGUCUUUGUAAUAGUCAAAUAAACAAUAACUAUAAUUUCAA